UAUAACACUGUAUUAUGAAAACAAAUAUAUUGAAAACCAAAUUCCUUAUAUAAAAAUUUAAUAUUUUCUUAGAAAAUAAAAUGCUUACAACUAGGCAAUAUUUAAAAAUUAUUAGUUCUAGAGUACUAUCAUGUAAAAACAUUUCUGUAAAACAGAAGCUAUCACCCUGCCCAUGCCGCUAUCAAAUAUAUAGAACAAUAAGUAAUGUCGUGUCCACAAGAAAAUCCGGCAAUAUUAUAUUAAAAAGUAAUGUACAAUAUUCUACCAAAACAAAUGAUCAAAAGCAAAAAAUGCCCCCUCUAAGGUCUACGUCGUCUGAAGAAGUAUUAGAAAAAUUUAUUGCUAAUUUAUCAAGUGAUAUACAUCAGAAGAAUAGGGUGUACAAAAAUGAUUUAAUGAAAGUGAUCAACAAAGUCAAGGAAUUCAACUUUUCAACAAAAAAACAAGGAUUACAAUUGAUUCGGUGUUGUACAGAACUGUUGCCCGAUGAAUCAAGUGCCUCAAGAAUGGCUUUAGUAGAACUGGUGUGGAGUACACUUAAGCCUCAUACAAAAUUUUAUGUGGAACAUUAUAAUGAAUUGCUACGAGUUUAUAUAGCUAAUAAUAGGACACUCACAGCCAGUUCUUUCAUUAGUCAGAUGGCUCCUUCAAAACCAAAUAUUACUACAUAUGAACUAAUAAUAAGAGCACUUGGAGAGGCUGGUGAUAUUAAUCAAGCUACUGAAGUAAUAUCAAAUAUGAAAGCACAAAGUCUUCCAGCCACGGAAAGUAUAUUUAAUUCACUCAUCAUUUGUCAAGGAAAAGCUGGCAAUCUUAAUAAUAUUCAAGAGGUAGUGUCAAUGAUGAAAUCUCUCAAGCUUGAGAACUCUUUAGAAACAUGUCUGGCAAAGGUGCGAGCUCUGGCAUACAAUAAGCAAUUUAAACUCUUAUACGAGGAGAUGGAUAAAACCAAGACUAGUGGUCUACAAUUUAGUGAAAUACAUAUUAUGGAAAUCGUGAAGACAUUAGCAGCUGUUGGAUCUUAUGAGUAUGUUGCAAAGGUUUUGCGUCAUCUCCCCGAAGAAACCCUUAAGACACCAUCCAUUUCUCCUUACAUGCAAAGUGUGGCAACUUUACUAGUAUAUCAAAACCAUCCAAUUGUCGCACUGGAAAUAUAUAAAUGUUUGCCACUGCCUUCGUUUGGGCCUAAGGAUGAUCAAGGAUUACACGGACGAAGUUUGGUUAGGGACUGCGUUAAAGCUUCAAUACCAUCAAGUAUCAUCGGUCUUAUAACACAGGAACUAAUGUCGUCUGGGAGGAACCCAAUAGCCUUGCAUAACGCAUCGGAGGCCGCGUUGCAAUUGAACAAAGUGCCACUUGCUCUAGAUUUGUUUAUGCGUAUGAAACAACUGGGCAUGCCAAUCAGGCCUCAUUAUUUUUGGCCUAUUUUGUUGCAUAAUUCUAAAAGUUACGGGGAGAAAGGUAUCAUGAAUACACUUUCAACUAUGGUUACCAUGGAAGUGAAGCCUGAUUACGACACGAUUAUGGAGUACUCAUUACCAUAUGUCAGUUUCACCUCGCCUCAAAACCUAAUGAAAAAGUUUCAGGAUGCAGGUCUUACUGUUAGCACAGUGCUUACACCUAUGAUGGUAACACUCUUGAACACGGGACAAGUUAGGGCUGCUAGCGAGAUUUGUGAGCUAUUCCAAGGUAAAGUUGAUGUUGAGAAGAUAUUGAAACCCAUGCUAAAAGGUUAUUUAACGACUUCUGAUGUUAAAUCCACUAUUCACAUAUUAGAAGAUGUUACAAAGAAGGCCGGAGAUAAAAAUAAAGAUUGGGUUGGCAGGUUUUUAUGUGUCUUCAUGCAAAAUAAGAGGGUUUUGGAGGACGUAUCUGACUUUUUGGAGCUGAUUAAGGCAAUAAAAGCAGCAGGUAUCAACAUAUCUACGCCAGCAGCCGAUUACUGCAUUAGUCGACUACCAGAGAAGCAUGGCAAGGACAUCAUUGACACAUUCCGAGACAGUUUAAUUGAGAUUACUGAUGAGCGUAUCGUGGAUGAGGGUGAAAUGUUUGUACAACAGAUGCCGCAUCCAAAACAUAUGAAUGAAGAAUCCCUGAAAGCACACCUUAGCGAAUUAGAAGCUAAGGGUAUGAAUACACGUGGCGUACUUAGGAGGUUGCUUCAAGAGUAUUGCAAAGAAGGUAACCUCGCCGCUGCCAGAGAGGUAGCAGACAAGUGCCAGAAGGAAGGGGUGUUUCUCUCAGCGGGCAUGAAAGCUGCAAUAUUUGAUCUACAUGUGAAGUUGGGUGAAUUGGACCUCGCUGAGAUAGCACUCGCUGAUCUGAACAAAUCUUCCCCUAACUUCACUCUGGACGAAUACAAAGUCAUAGACUUUGCUACUCUCAUGGUGUACAGAAAGAAGAUUGAUCAAGCAAUGGAACUGAUUGACGAAGAGUCUAAAAAGAGGCGUAUAGUGGGUGGUCGCGGUGUAUCAAUGAACUGUUGGCGGUUGUUGGACGCAACUGCGGCACACGGCUCCCACGUGGAAGCUCGCAAAAUGUUCGAGUUGCUUGCUUCGUUGCGGUAUUGCAAGCCUUCUAAUGUGAUAUUAGGUCCAUUGAUACGCGUCCACUUAAAAAACAACAAUCUCCAAGAAGCAGUGAACGAGUUUUCGAGGUUGGCAUCAAAGUAUAACAAAACACCUCUGAAACAUGAAUUGAUCUGUGCCAUAUUAAAGACAAUGGGCGACGGGAAAUCAGAGGAAACUUUCAUUACGAAUGAAAAAUCAAAUAGCAGACUUAAUAAACUAGCUCAGACUGUUUUAAACAUUGACAAAAAAGUGCACGGUCCUGGCGAUGUUCAGCUCAGUCUAAUCGCCGCGCUCGCCGAUGUCGGUUACAAGAAGACAUUACGCAAAUUAUUCUUGGAUCCUACUGUGAAGUUUCACCCCGACGCGCUGCAUCGUCGCUGCGAACGAUUCGCUGAAGAGAGGAAGGUGGACGCGUUGGAGACUAUCGCCCAAUGCGCUAAAGACCUCAGGCAUGUCGACGUCGACGAAAUUUAUGAGCUCAUGUUGGAUGUGUACCAACGCGAAGACAACUGCACAGAUGCUUUAGCGCUCUGGAGCAGAAUGCAAGAAUAUGACGUCACGCCUUCUCAGAAGUUUGUACGGAACAUUUGCUCACUGAUCCAGGCAAACAACAGACCUGUACCCUCGGAACUUUCUUUACUUCUAGACAAACAUCAGAAAAAAGCAUCAAAUCUUUAAGUUUUAUAGUAAUCAAGUGUUGACAGUUAGUACAGCGUCGUUGUGCCAU